UCACGAGAUCAGAGUAGUUUUGGUAGCACUAAAUUUCUAUGCAAUGCCGGGAGAUGCAUAUUUUCCAGACAAGCUUAUGGAGAGUAGAUUUGCGACAAGUGCUUGUUGGUAAAUUUUCAAAAUGACAUCUCCAUUGUUUUCCAUCUGAAGUAGAGAGAUUUGUGCUUGGCCAACCACUCCCGUUGCAACCUCAUAUCUCUUUGUUAUAUGUUGUUUUUUCCCUCAAGAACGAACAAAGACAAAUUAGUGUAGAGACACCCACCCGCAAAUAUAUAACCAUAAAAAAAAAAAAAAAAAAAAAAAAAAAAACCCUCCCUUCCUAUAGCUGUGCCUCCUCCUUCCUUCUUUGAUGGAGUUGAAUCACCCAACAUCAAUCUGGAAACCUUAGAAAGGAAGGUGGAGUGUAAAUUUAGGAAAUGGAGGUGCAGAGAUUGCGAGGAGUGUUGUUACUCUGGUUAAGGUUGCAAAAUAAUCGAGUUGCAUUUGAGGGCGGUAAUCACACUGCUGCCAGCCUGUUUAAUCCCAGAGAUUCGAGUUUUAAAGGAAUGGAUCCUCUGUUGGGUUUUCAACCAAAACAUCAGGAUAAAACGAAGAUCCUGCAGAUUGAUGGUGGAGAUGCCCAUUUCUUGGUGAUUAGAUUGUGUAAUUCUUGGAUUCUGAAAUUGUUGGGUGCUGUGAUUUUGGCAUUGGUUAUUGUCUCUUUUCCCUGGGUUAGAACAAUGACUGGAGAAUCAUGGCCUAAUCUGCAUGAACCUAGGAACAUUUCUGAUCCUAUCAGUGUGGAUCUAUUGCCUGGAGUGUUUCAUGAUCUGGCUAAUGAAGGGCUUCUCAGACAUGGCGAUCGAGCCCUUUUUGUCAGCAACGAGGAAGGCAUUUGUGGUUGUCGAGUAAUUUCUGAUUAUAACAUGGAUUUGGUCUCUGUUUCAGACAUCCAGCGCCAAAGGUUGAUCCCAGAGGAGACAUAUGAUUUCGCAUUUGCCCAUGGCUUGACAGAAACCUCGGAUUUCGUGAACCGGGGUGUUAAGGUAGGUGGAUUUGUUGUUGUGCAGCUCACUGACAACCCUGCCGUGGGGUUCCAGAAGCCUGGGAACUCGAGGAUUGUGUACCUCAGGAAAUUCGAGUCCGCCAUGAUUGUAACCAUGAAGAAAACAGGCACCAAUUCCACCCCGAAUAGGCGGCGGUUGCUGGGGAUUGAAUCAGAAGCCCGAGUGGCGGCGCUCAAGAAUCUUGAAGAUGUCCUCCUGGAACCCCCCCGAGCCGCCUCCGGCAAAUCCACCUCCUACAGCAAGAGAACCCGGUAUCUCCCCGACCUGAUGGGCGUCUCCCUGGAAAGCUACCCCCGCCGAGUGUUCAUCUACGCCACCCUGCGUGACAACAACGACGCCUCCACCUCCACCUCCACAUCCGCCUCCGCUUGGUUCACAAAGAACUACCCUUUAGGAAACUCCAAAUUCGAGAUAUUCCAGGUUGAAGCAGUGGCAGAGGCGUCGGGGUCGGGUGGUGGCGGGGAAGUUCCGGGGGUGAGCAUGUCGGAUUGGGUGGGGAAGAACGUGGAGGAGAAGGAUUAUGUAGUGAUGAAAACGGAAGUGGAAGUGGCGGAGGAAAUGAUGAGGAGUAGAGCAAUCAGGUUGGUGGAUGAACUUUUCUUGGAAUGCAAGCAUCAAGGGAUAAAGAAAGGUGGUGACAAAAACAGGAGGGCAUAUUGGGAAUGUUUAGCUUUGUAUGGUUCACUCAGGGAUCAGGGUGUUGCUGUGCAUCAAUGGUGGGGUUGAAUUACUAUUUUAAUUAAAAAAAAAA